AUGGCGCUGCGCGCCCGCGCGCUGUACGACUUCAGGUCGGAGAACCCGGGCGAGAUCUCGCUGCGCGAGCACGAGGUGCUGAGCCUGUGCAGCGAGCGGGACAUCGAGGGCUGGCUGGAGGGCGUCAACAGCCGCGGCGACCGCGGCCUCUUCCCCGCCUCCUACGUGCAGGUGCUCCGCGCGCCCGAGCCGGGCCCCGCGCCCGCGCCCGCGCCCGACGCCGGCCCCGGGGGCCCCGCCGGCCCGGCCCGCUACGCCAACGUGCCGCCCGGCGGCCUGGAGCCCCUGCCCGCGCCGCCCGCCGCCUUCCAGCCCGCGAGCGCCUUCCAGGCUCCGAGCUCCUUCCAGCCGCCCAGCACCUUCCAGCCGCCGAGCUCUUUCCAGCCGCCCAGCACCUUCCAGGCCCCGAGCACCUUCCAGCCGCCGAGCUCCUUCCAGCCGCCCAGCGCCUACCAGCCGCCGGGCCCCGGCCUCCCGCUCGCCGGGGCCGCCCCGCAGCCGUACGGCGGCGGCUCCCCGGGCUCCCAGGGCAGCGACGACGACUGGGACGACGAGUGGGACGACAGCUCGACGGUGGCGGACGAGCCGGGCGCGUCCCUGGACCCGGACGGCUCCUCCGCGGGGGCCCCCGGCCGCUACCGCCUGUCCACGGCCCCGGGCCCCGCGGCCCCGCACCCGCCGCCCGGCGCGGCCAAGAGCUCGGCCACCGUGAGCCGCAACCUGAACCGCUUCUCCACCUUCGUCAAGUCGGGCGGCGAGGCGUUCGUGCUGGGCGAGGCGUCGGGCUUCGUCCGCGACGGCGACAAGCUGUGCGUGGUGCUGGGCCCGCACGGCCCCGAGUGGCAGGAGAACCCCUACCCGUUCCGCUGCUCCAUCGACGACCCCACCAAGCAGACCAAGUUCAAGGGCAUGAAGAGCUACAUCGCCUACCGCCUGGUGCCCACGCACACGCGCGCGCCCGUGUACCGGCGCUACAAGCACUUCGACUGGCUGUACGCGCGCCUGGCGCAGAAGUUCCCGGUCAUCUCCGUGCCGCACCUGCCCGAGAAGCAGGCCACCGGCCGCUUCGACGAGGACUUCAUCGCCAAGCGCCGCCGCGGCCUGCUCUGGUGGAUGGACCACAUGGCCAGCCACCCGGUGCUGGCGCGCUGCGACGCCUUCCAGCACUUCCUCACCUGCCCGAGCGGCGGCGACGGCGAGCGCGCCUGGAAGCAGGGCAAGCGGCGCGCCGAGCGCGACGAGAUGGUGGGCGCCAGCUUCUUCCUGACGCUCAGCACGCCGCCCGCCGCCGCGCUGGACCUGCAGGAGGUGGAGAGCCGCGUGGACGGCUUCCGCAGCUUCACCCGCCGGAUGGACGACAGCGCGCUGCAGCUGGCGCACACGGCCACCGAGUUCGCGCGCAAGCAGGCCACGGGCUUCCGCAAGGAGUACCAGAAGGUGGGCCAGGCGCUGCGCGGCCUCGGCCAGGCCUUCGAGCUGGACCAGCAGGCCUUCUCCGCCGGCCUCAACCAGGCCAUCGCCUUCACCGGCGACGCCUACGACGCCAUCGGCGAGCUGUUCGCCGAGCAGCCCCGCCAGGACCUGGACCCCGUCAUGGACCUGCUGGCGCUGUACCAGGGCCACCUGGCCAACUUCCCCGACAUCAUCCACGUGCAGAAAGGCGCGCUGACCAAGGUGAAGGAGAGCCGGCGGCACGUGGAGGAGGGCAAGAUGGAGGCGCAGAAGGCGGACGGCAUCCUGGAGCGCUGCAACACCAUCUCCUUCGCCACGCUGGCCGAGAUCCACCACUUCCACCAGGUGCGCGUGCGCGACUUCCGGGCCCAGAUGCAGCACUUCCUGCAGCAGCAGGUCCUGUUCUUCCAGAAGGUGACGCGGAGGCUGGAGGAGGCGCUGCACCAGUACGACAGCGUCUAG